UAUCUCUUCCCAAUUUACUGUUUGAACUGCAGUCUCGAAGCCUCCGUUCAGCCGCGGCGGUGAAUAUGUUGGGGUUUGAGGAUUCCGGCAAGCUGAUGAAUCUCCUCAAGGCCGGUGAGGAGCGUACCGUCGAAGAGAUCGUCGCAGAUUUCGACUCCAACUUUCCUCGCCGUCUCCAUUUCUACGCCUGCUCUGCCCUCGAUUAUCUCACAUCAGAGGAAAAAGUUCUAAUUCCGAAUCAGCGGUUGAUAGCUUUUGCAGUUCUUCACCAGGCAUAUGCAUCACAGCAGCUUUCUUCAAAUCCUUUUGUUACUAAGCUCAUCGAUGCAGCAUGUGAUGAAGAAGCUGAAAAGUAUGAGAGAGCAUUUAUUCUUCAAUUGUUAGCCUCUUCAAACACACCAAAUAGCAAAGAGUUUCUCAAGCAAUCAGCAGCAGAUUACAUGAAAAAUUAUGACCCUUCAUCACAUUCCUUUCCACAACGUGAGAUUUUGGAACAACAAUACUGUGGAGUUGUCCAUCCAGAACCCUUUAAAUGCUUGUUUAAAGACAACGCAGUGAAGAAUGUUAUCCCUGAUCCCGAUGUGCCGCGUGGAUGUAAUAGUAAUUCGCUUGAGUUUGAUGCACCUCCUGGAGUUAUAUCUAAACUCGGAUCGGGGAAUAGGGAUGAAACUCUAGCUGGGCUGUUAUCUGGUCUUUCGCUUGAGGGACUAAGUCCUCAAUGGAUUCGACCAUUCCCUCCAAGGCUCCCAGUAAUGGAGGGAGAGCUAUCAUGGCUGAACCCUGAUACAAACCAUGAACUAAUAUGGGACUAUGGUAUGUGUGCCGAUACCAGCAGAGGAGCAGCCGUUAGAGAUUUAAUUGCGAAAGCUUUGAAGGGUCCACUUGUUCCAGUGCAACAAGAGCAAGUGUUGGUGGAGUUAGCAAAUGACCCAAAGCUUGUGUAUCAUUGUGGAUUGACACCUAAAAAGCUCCCAGAAUUAGUGGAAAAUAAUCCCAUGAUUGCAGUUGAAGUUCUCAUUAAGUUGGUGAACUCGCCAGAAAUAUCCGAAUACUUUACAGUUCUUGUAAAUAUGGAGAUGAGUCUUCAUUCCAUGGAAGUUGUAAACAGGCUGACAACAACUAUUGAACUUCCUACCGAGUUCUUACACACUUACAUUUCGAACUGCAUUAGUGCCUGCCAGGGCAUCAAGGAUAGGUAUAUGCAGAACAGACUUGUGAGAUUGGUUUGUGUUUUCCUACAAAGUUUGAUCCGUAACAAAAUAAUUAACGUCCAUGAUAUAUUCAUCGAAGUGCAAGCAUUCUGCAUCGAGUUCUCCCGCAUCAGAGAAGCAGCCGGAUUAUUCCGACUCCUUAAGACCUUGGAAUAGGUGUCCUCUUUCUAACUCAUCUCUUGUAGUAUUUUGUUUACAUUCAAAUGAAUGUUAAUUUCGACUUCUUUACCCCAUCAUUGGCCUGAUUGUUUUGAGCAGUAAAUGAAUCAAUUCUAUCUCUGUGUUUUAUUGGAAAAAUGCAAUAUAGUUCAGCCUUAGAUAACA